AUGGCGGCUAAAAAGGACAUGCGCAGGCUGGAUCUUGCGAUCCCCUAUAUCGAACCUCCGACGAGCAAGAACGAUGCCGAUGUGUCUGGCGCAAUGUCGAGCACUAUGCCCAUGGCGGCGAUGUUCACCAGGAACAGGAUGAUCGGAUGGGUUUCUUUUGUUUUCUCGCUCCAGAACUGGCUCGGUGAGACUGAAGACCAAAAGAGCUCUUCGUCCACUCCGGCAUAUAUGUCCGUCUUUAUGUCCUUUAUGGCGUUGGUCGUGACAUACUUCCCUAUCUUCCUUUCUCCGCAGAACCAACGCGCGGGCGCCACUCCUGCGCCAUCGGCUUCUUAA